AUGACUAGGAAAUGGGCUAUCUGCGUCAUGAAGUCUUGGCUGACGCUGUGUGUCUCUUUCGCAAGCAGUGUAUACUCGGCAGCCAUAUUCGUGACGGCAGAAAGGUUCCACGUCAGUGAUGUGGUCAUGAUCUUGGGGGUCUCCCUGUACGUGCUGGGCUAUGCUUUUGGUCCGCUGAUCUGGGCACCUCUUGGUGAUGCAUUUGGGAGAACGAGGCCAAUGUGGGCAGCGAUGCUGUGUUUCUGUAUCUUUCAGAUCCCUGUCGGAGUGGCACAGAAUGUACAGACGAUUCUGAUCAGUCGCUUCCUUGCUGGGACAUUUGGAUCGGCUAUGUUUGCACUGCCUGCAGGCAUAGCUGUCGACAUUCUGGAUCCAGCAACUCGACGCUUGUCCACCAUCCUUUUCCUAGGCAACGUGUUCUUUGGCCCAGCCUUGGGUCCCGUUGUCGGCGCCUUCAUCACCGAAUCGCAUCUUGGCUGGCGAUGGACAGCGUGGAUUGUCCUCAUCGUGACUGGCCCUUCAGUGGCACUUGCGUACUUCGUGAUUCCCGAGACCUACCAGCCGGUGCUGAAAAAGAGACACACUCGCAAGCUGCUUGGCUCUGCCGAUUCUGUCAACCAGGAAGUCACCAGUUCGCAGCCUCAAGCACUCACCUUCAACGACUUCAUGGCCAAAUACAUGAAGACCCCUUUACACAUGCUCGCAGUGGAGCCCAUUCUGGCAAUUCUAACUGUAUAUCUUUCGCUUGUGUACGGCAUACUGUACCUGACGCUCGAGGCAUUUCCGAUAUCUUUUCAGGUAGAACGUGGCUGGUCCGCUGGCGUGGCAUCUCUACCAUUUCUCGGAUUGCUUGGAGGCUUCAUCAUAGCCUGUCUGCUUCUGGUAUACUCGCCCACUCUCAUGAAGCUAUUGCGAAUACCCAAACGGGGGCCGGAGGAUCAGCUCAUACCAAUGAUGCUCGGUGCUAUUCUGCUUCCAGUCGGGCUCUUCUGGUUUUCGGGUACUUGUUCACCACACAUCAACCCUGCUCCGCAAAUCAUCUCCACAGUACCGAUGGCACUGUCGGCGAACUCGUUCGUGAGGUCCUGGUUUGGGUUUGCUUUUCCCCUCUUCGCACCAGCGAUGUAUCGCAACUUGGGUACGCCUUGGGCGACAAGGCUGCUCGGCUUCCUUACCGUUGUUUUGAUGCCGUUUCCAUUCAUAUUUCGCUGGUAUGGGAUGAAAGUGCGUGGAAACAGUCGAUAUGCUUUCAGAUACCCUGGACAGGGCGAUGCACCAUCGAGAAAGCCAUAG